AUGCGCAUCAGAUCCCAUAUUACCAGUGAAGAUGGAACAGUAUGGUAUUACGAGCAGGAAGGUUCCGGUCCAAAUAUUGUACUGAUCCCAGAUGGUUUGGGCGAGUGCGAGCUUUUCGAUAAACCAAUGUCAAUCAUCGCAGCCCAGGGGUACACAGUCACAACUUUCGAUAUGCCCGGGAUGUCGAGAUCGUCUAAUGCGCCCUCGAGUACAUAUCAAGAUGUCACUGCCCAGAAAUUGGCAAAAUCCGUUAUUGGUGUUCUGGAUAAGUUGAACAUCAACUUUGCUUCGUUCUGGGGUUGCAGCUCUGCCGCCUCGACUGUUCUCGUCCUAUGUAUCGACUUUCCCGACAGAGUGCGAAAUGUGCUUGCGCAUGAGGCCCCGAUGAUUACCCAUGACUUUCUCAAGGAUCUGCCGGCGACCGACCCGGGUACCAUUUCUUCGUCGAUGGCAGCGAUCACCAGGUCAAUGUCUUCGAAUGAGACUGCAUGGGACAAUCUUGGAAGUGAGGUCCACAAUCGUCUAAAGGAAAAUUACGUUCGGUGGGCUCACGGGUAUCCCCUCAGUAUUCCACAAUCUUGUCCAACCGAUGUCGAUGUCCUGCGAGGGAAGCCAAUAGACUGGACUGUUGGCGCCUCGACUCAGAAUCAAAUGUUCUUCGACAACAUAGUUAUCGCAACGAAGGCGGGCGUUCCUAUCUCGACGCUUCCUGGACAACACUUCCCAUAUGUAUCACAUCCAGAUAUCUUCGCAAAUCAUGUGGUACAAACAACCCGCAAAUACCUGUGA